UCCCCGUCCCACGGGUUCGCCCCAGUUGCACGGUGUUACGUGGAGUUCCUGAGGGAUCCGGCGCUCCUGUCAGUGCGCCAAAAGGAGUCGCGUCCGUCAGAAGCAAGCCUCCGCCUGGUACGCGUCACGGGGGCGCGGAAUUCCUCAGAAGGACAGCCAAAGAAGAAUUGUACUGUGAUAAUUGAAAGACCGAAGACAACCUCACGAUUGGAAGAGUCACGUCUUUCUGAAACUGUCGUGGAAUUCCUCAAUGGCGAAAUAUUGAAAAAUCACAAACACUUUCGUGCGGGAGAAUCCUGUGAUUUUAGCUGACGAUCACGUAACUUUUUCAAGAACAAGUCCGAUGAUUAAACGGCUUGAGACCUCACUCUGAGACGAUUGAUAAUUGCACAAGAUAUUCGUAUUUUCCAUAUUUUUGGGAGCUUCACUUUGGAAAAUGCUCCACUUUUGUGAGCUGCGAGAUAUUUUACGAAAUGGAAAUAUCUUAAGGACGUUAUCGUCGGUCGUGAGAGUGACUUUUGACUUGUCCUUAGUAAAUAGAAAUAUCAACUUUCUGAGAAAAAGUUUUAAAUCUUAGGUAGUAUUGAGUUUCUCAGACAACUUGUAAGAACCUUGAGAAAAUCUCAAAUUACUAAUAACCUAAAAAAAUGUCACUAUCGUUAACGUUAUCUUGGCAGAGUGAUUUAUUCGGGUGUGAACCAAACGAAGAUUGAACGUGAAUCGAUUAGAGAGAUUAAAGGCCCUAGUGUGCCUAAAAACCUGGCCCUAGUGUGCGUAAAAUAUCGACCACGGUGUAACCGGAUCCCUAGUAAAGAAAAGGCCUGAAAAGUAUUAUCAGUGGAAACUCCUUUGAUUUGCGGUGUAAAAUUACAGAAAAAUCUUCGUUGAUAAUCGAAGUAUAUAUGUGAGAUUGCCUAACGACCUCAAUCUGUGAGAAAUGCCGUAAGUUAACGAGGGAAAGGAGUAGAUCGAGUAGUUAAAUUGGAGAGGAAGAGAACGACUCAUGGAGAUGUCAUCCAAGACUUUACAUAACGAGCACAUCAAGCGGCCGAUGAACGCCUUCAUGGUGUGGUCGCGUGGUCAACGUCGCAAAAUGGCCCAAGAAAACCCCAAGAUGCACAAUUCUGAGAUUUCGAAGAGGCUCGGCGCCGAGUGGAAACUGCUGAGCGAAAGCGAAAAGCGACCAUUUAUUGACGAGGCGAAGAGAUUGAGAGCUCUUCACAUGAAGGAACAUCCAGACUACAAGUAUCGGCCACGGCGAAAGCCAAAGUCGUUGGUGAAGAAAGAGAACAAAUUUGCGUUCUCGAUAUCGCCGUUACUAUCGUCCAGCGACACCCUGGCGAACCUACCGCGUGGUCUUCUGCCACCGCUGCCACCCACGCACCAUCCGCUCAUGUCGCGUGAGGACCUGAAGAUCCCUCAUUUCUUGCCGGCGUUCCCCUACUCGCUCUACCCGUUGCAGCACAAGUUGAGCGAAGACUUCAACGGCAGCAGCAAGCUAGCUGCUGACUUGGCUUUCCAAGCCUUCUACACUAGCGGGUCCUUUUAUCCGAGCCAUCAUAUGCCGUGGACGCCGAGUCUGUCGCCGGCCUCCUGUCUACAGCCCAACUGCGACUGUCCAAGCCUAUCUAAGGAGCCUAAAAGGCCGUUUCCGCCGUCCAAGAUAGACGAUAGACCCUUUCCCAGCCCGGCUCGAGCCGACGACAAUGCCGUCGUCGCGGAACGCGAAGAAUCCCGGUACCGGAAACUCGAGGAGGAUUUCCCUAUCGUUUUGGACAGACACCAUCAUCAUCAUCAAGAAGACCGUUCCCAGGACCGCUUCUCCUCCUCGUCGUCUUCCUCCCCGCCUACGGAGCCGGAGAAGUCGUCGACAGCGACGACGUCCUCGUCUUCCACUUCGACGUCGAGCAGCAACAGUAACAGGGUCGACAGCUCCUUCUCCGUUCAGAGUCUCACGUCGUCUGGCGGCUCGAACUCAAGCUCGCAGCGCGGGCACGUCAUAUGAAGGCCGCUUCCGGUUCUCCCGGACCUAAACUUCCGGGGGAGCCUGGUGCCGACAACGUGGCCGGCCGCCGACUGGUGGAGAGUGGCUCCGAUGCUCUCACCGAUCCCCCAAGCAACGGUGACGAACCUCAGCACCGGUGUCGUCAAAGAGGACGUCGCUCACUUCCCAGACGAACAGCAGAGAACCUCAACGGCCGUGUCCAGGUCGCCGAGGAGCAGCAUACACAUCGCCAACCUGCAGUGAUGCAAACGCGAUGAUCCACGAAAGUUAAACGCCGUUUCCUAUUCUUACUGACGAGGCAAGUGAGUCGCAAUAUUGUGGACUGGGCUCUCGGAAGAAUCCUGCCGCACGACGUGCGAUUCUUCAUCGAUGAAGAGAUCGGGAGCGUUGUUUCUUCGUAGCAUGGACGACAUCCACCGAGCUGAUCCGCGACUAGUGAAAAUAAUGUGUACAGAUGACGCGCUCGGCCGGAAAACGAUGUCGAUCGGGAAACACACCGGACCGAGAAAUAAUUUCGCGAGCUGACAGAACUCAGCGGCGAACAGCAACAGCAGCAGCAGGAAUCGAUAACCCGCCGCAGCAGCCCGAAAUCCUACAAAAGGCGGCGCAAAGGGUCCCUCUCGGCUCGGAUCGUGUACGCGAAACUGGAUGCUAGAGGACUCCAAUUUUGAUGAGAUAACCAACCCUCUCAUGCCACACAUAUUACGGGGCGGACGGCCGCGGAUGCGCCGCCGUGCGGAGGGGGUGGACACACCGGGCUGGGGAAGGAGAGGAAAAAAAGCUUUUCUGGCGGAGGCAAAUCUCUUCUUUGGGACGCGGCCGUGCGAAAUAAGCCAAACGUUCUGAAUGCUAACGUAGAGACGCGCACCCUCCCCCGAGCGACGACAGUUUCGUUGUAUUUCGUGGCGCAGCGCCGGCUUUCGCGACGGAACCGACGACGAAAGCAUCGAUAUGGCGAAAUGGAAGACCCGCGGCUGACUGGCUGGCUGGUUGGCAUUGGCAAGCGAAAUGCACCUUUUUCGAUGUUACACAGAAAAGCCAAAUAGACGUUUCCAAAGGUUGUCUCAAAUGUAUAUUUCAUCCUAUCUUGCUGGAGAUUAGUUUCAUCAACGAUGAUUAGGAUCCAGUAUCCUAGACACGAUUGAGCUGCUUUAUCCCGUGGAACGUUGUUUCACAAGUUAUAAUCCAUUUGCACAUCGAUAUUCCGACGAGUUUCACAGUUUGAUUUGUGUUAAAGUUAAAUCGUGGCGAUAGAUGCACGCACGGUGUGUCUUAGCGCGAUCUUGUUUUGUUACAUCCAACGAUUAUGGUUAAUUAUUAUUGAGGCAAAGUAACAAUAUUAUCAACUCGCGCUCGUUCGUUGGGAGAAAUCUGCUGACUUCUCCUUCUUGUAGAAAUUCCCGCUAAAGUAGCGAGCACUGACGCGAGCUCAUUAGAGUGUACCGUAACGGGAAUAAAACACAUGUAAACGUAAAA